UAUGUGAAAAAGAAGGCUCGGUUCUUUGUCCAGGAUGCUAGUGCUGCCUCUGCAUUGAUGGAUGUCAGCUACAAGAUUUGUGAUGAGGAGAACAAAAAGAUAGCUGUCUUUGUCAAUACUUCUGCUGAACCUUACUCUGUGCGGGAUAAGUUGGAGCCGGAAAUAAUGGAACAGCUAAAGCUGACCAUGAUCAAAAGAUAUGAUAUCUCUCAGAAAGCUCUUGACCUCCAGAGUCUCCGCUAUGACCCAGAUUUGGUGGGAUAUGAUAUUGACAUAAUUCUGAAUAGAAGAAACUGCAUGACUGCCACCCUGCAAAUCAUCAAAAAGAAUUUCCCUGAGCUGUUGUCCUUGAACUUGCACAGCAACAGACUGUACCAGCUGGAUGGCCUUUCUGAUAUUAUACAGAUGGCCCCCACAGUCAAGAUUCUGAACCUCUCCAAAAAUGAGCUGAAAUCUACCUGGGAGUUGUGCAAGAUCAAAGGACUGAAGCUGGAACAGCUGUGGCUGGAAGAUAACCCCUUGUGCCACACCUUCCCAGACCAGUCCACUUACAUAAGUGCCAUCAGGAAAUGUUUCCCCAAGUUAUUACGCUUGAUAAGGCUCUUGUAUCUGGACAGGCAGCGGUGUUUCCUUUCUGGGGUUGGUGGGAUUGGUCUGUUACAGCAGGUUGGCACUUUGUUGCCCUGCCCUUACAUGGCGUUAGCCUAA